AAAAAAGAAGAGUAAAAAUGCAGCAUUCCAAAAGAGGAAAAAACACUUGUCUUCUUCUCAUAAUUUUGUUCUUCUUGAAUAGUGAAGCUUCUUCUUCAAUUUUGCUUCAAAAAAAAUCCCCCAAAUUCUCAAAUGCUGCAAAACCCAUCUCGACAAUUGCUUUCUCUGCUCUCCAAUGGCGUCUCUUUUCCAUUUUCCCACUUCCCAUAAACUCUUUUUUUCUUCUCCGACUCCUAGCCCUUCUAUCUGUACACGCCACAAUCAUCAUUUCUUUCUAAUUUGUCGUUCAAAAUCACAAAUUUGUGCUUCGAUUAAAAAACCAAGGGCAAGCCAGAAGGUGAAAAGCAAUGAUGAUCUCUGCAAAGACAUCAGAGAAUUUUUAUCUUCUGUCGGACUUCCGGAGGAUCACGUACCCACCAUGAAAGAGCUGUCACAGCACGGAAGGCAAGACCUUGCAAACAUCGUUCGAAGAAGAGGAUACAAACUUGUCAAGGAGCUUCUCUCAACAUCCAAACAACCAACCUAUGAAUGCAUUGGAGAGGAUGGCCUUGUUGAGAAAAGUGAAGAUGAAUUGUUAGAUGGGAAGAUAACAGACAUGGCUGAUGAUGUUUCCUUACCUAGUGAAGCUUCUGCAGUAGAUGACUACACAAAUGAUAUAAUUCCUAAUUCUGAUGAGCAAAAUGCUGGUGAUCAAGAACCCUUGGGUUAUUCUUCCUUGGAGGAAAAGGUGUCCAAUGUUAUUCAGAAUGGAGAACUGGAUAGGACAGAUGAUAGUGGCUUUGGAAUUUCUCAAGGAGGUGAACAAGUGGAGGGAUCUGUUGGAGGACAGAAUGUUGUAGAAGCAGAAUCUAUUACGCCUAAGGAGCAUACAGAUCUUGUUUGUAAAGAUGAUGGCGCUGAGAUAUUUAGCGGAAAUUCCAUGGCACAAUCAACCCGGCAUGUUGAACAUCCUAGUAGGCAGAGUUCUCCGAUGAGGAAUGAUAGCCUGUCAACUGAAUACUUAACCAUGGCUGAAAUUAGUGCUGAUUCUGAGCCCCACAAUAUGGAGAUUCAAGCUGAAAUUAAUCAUCUCAAGUUCAUGCUGCAUCAGAAGGAGCUGGAGUUAACUCACUUGAAGCAGCGGAUUGAAGAGGAAAAGCACUUACUGUCUAUUAUGCAAAUCAAAGCUGAAACAGAAAUUAGAGAAGCACAAAGACUUAUUUCAGAAAAAGAUGCAGAGCUAAAUGCUGCUGAAGAUAGCCUUUCAGGACUGAAGGAGGUUGAAAUCCAAUAUUGGGCAGAUGGGGAAAAUGUUGAGGUGGCUGGCAGCUUCAAUGGAUGGCAUCAUAAAAUAAAAAUGGAUCCACAAGAAUCAUCAGAUCCCAUCGGCGAAGAUAUACAAGCAUCAUCAGAUAUCAUAGAUCCCAUUGGCAUGAGGAAACCUCGACUUUGGAAAACCGUGUUAUGGCUGUAUCCAGGGAUAUAUGAGAUAAAAUUCGUUGUUGAUGAUCACUGGACAACUGAUCCUCAAAGAGAGUCUGUUACGAGAGGUUCAUUACACAAUAAUGUCCUACGAGUUGAUAGAUGACUUGGGUAUUGCAUUCCCAGUUGCACAUACAGAGACAAUUGCCAGCAACAGUAAUGUUCUGGUGUGAAGUUCAUUCAUGAAAGCUCAUGCCGCCGUUACAUUGUUGCAAAUGAAUGAGCCGACACAUGCAACUUGAAGAUUUUAUGUGCUGCUUCCACUUUCAAUACAUUUCGUCCUAUUGAAGACCAAGGCAAUGGACUACUGUCACAACUUAACAAUCGCUUUUGAGAAUGUGAUGUGUACAUACUUGAGCCAUAGGGAGUAAAAUAGUAGCCAGCAGGAUGAUUUUUAUGGAAUUGCCUGCAAAUGGCUAUAUAUUGGACGAUGAUUCCAGAGUUAUUACCAUUCUACAAUGGUGAAAUUCUUGUAAAGAUUUUGAUGGAUUUGCCAGUUUUCACCCUUCAAUUCCUUCAAUCAAAUUUCAGA